AUGUACUUGCCGCACGUGGCCAAACCAGUGCGUGCAGCGUUUGUCGUGCUCGUGCGCAAUUCGGAGCUCGUUGGAAUGAAGAAAGCAAUGCGGCAAAUAGAGGACCGCUUCAACGGCAAGUUCAACUACCCAUAUGUGUUUUUGAACGACGUGCCCUUUACCGAUGAGUUCAAGGCUGAAACGACAGCAAUGACCAAGGCUAACGUCACAUUCGGCGAGGUGCCGCAGGAGCACUGGUCGUACCCAGAGUGGAUCAACCAGACAUAUGCGGGCGAGUGUCGACAGCAGAUGCAGGAACAGGGUGUGUUCUACGCGCUGAGCGAGAGCUACCGUCACAUGUGCCGCUUCAACAGCGGCUUCUUUUUCCGGCACCCGCUGCUCGACGAUAUUGACUACUACUGGCGCAUUGAGCCCGACGUCGAGUAUUCAUGCGAUAUUGACUAUGACCCCUUUUUGCUUAUGCAGCGCAAGGGCAUCAAGUACGGCUACACGAUCGCGCUGCACGAGUACCCAGAGACCAUCCCGACGCUGUGGGACACGGCCAAGGCCUUUGUGAAGAGCAAUCCUGGUUUCGUGCGCCACCUCGCCGGCUACUCGUGGCUAUCGAACGACGGUGGCGAGACAUACAAUGGCUGCCACUUUUGGUCCAACUUUGAGAUCGGGUCACUUGCGUUCUUCCGUUCUCCCGAGUACCUGGCCUACUUUGACUAUUUGGACCGCGCCGGCGGCUUCUUCUACGAGCGCUGGGGUGAUGCACCUGUGCAUGCGAUUGCGGCCGCGCUGAUGUUGCAGAAGGAAGAAGUGCACUGGUUUGAAGACAUUGGCUACUACCACAACCCGUGGUCUAACUGCCCGUUGAGCCCAGAAUCGCGUUUGCGCUGUCAUUGCGAUCCCACCAAAAGCGCUGUCCACCACUACUGGGCAUCGUGUACCCAGAAAUGGCUGGCACUGCCUGAUAAUAACACGACUCUUCUGGCAGGCGUCGAAUAA